AUGUCUCGCCAGUCCUGCGCUCUUGGCAAGGGGUUCAGCUCCAGCUCCGUGUGCUUCGGGGGCAAGAGCAAGGUCACGUUUGGCGCCGUGCCCCGUGGAGGAUGCCGGGGAGCUGCGGGCGGCUUCAGCAGCAGGAGCCUCUAUUCCCUGGGGGGCAGUAAAAGCACCUCCUUGGGAGGAUUUGGGGGGGCUGCUGGUGCCUGCAGAGGCUUUGGUGGCCAAGGAGGCUUCGGCUUUGGGGCCGGAGCAGGAUUUGGGGGUGGCUAUGGUGCAGGGGGCUUUGGUGGAGGCCUUGGCAGUGGCUUUGGUGGAGGAUUUGACGGUGGGAUGGGGGGCCAGGGCUACCCCCCAUGCCCCCCGGGCGGCAUCAGGGAGGUGACCAUCAACCAGAGCCUGCUGGCCCCCCUCAAUCUCGAGAUUGACCCCGAGAUCCAGAAGGUUCGGACACAGGAGCGGGAGGAGAUCAAGAAACUCAAUGACAAAUUUGCCUCCUUCAUCGACAAGGUCCGGUUCCUGGAGCAGCAGAACCGAGUCCUGGAGACCAAGUGGAAGCUGCUGCAGGAACAGGGCGGUGCAGGAACGGGGGGCAGGAACCUGGACCCUUUCUUUGAGACCUACAUCAGUGGGCUGAGGAAGCAGCUGGAUUGUCUCUCCAGUGAGAAGCACCAGCUGGACACAGAGCUGAAGAGCUUCCAGGACAUGGUGGAGGACUUCAAGACAAAGUACGAGGAAGAGAUAAACAAAAGGACGGCGGCUGAGAAUGAAUUUGUGCUCCUGAAGAAGGACGUGGAUGGAGUCUACAUGGCCAAAGUGGAACUCCAGGGUAAACUGGAUUCUCUGUCGGAUGAGAUCAACUUCCUCAAGUGUCUUUACGAGGCCGAGCUGGCCCAGAUGCAGAAGACGGUGUCCGACACCUCGGUGGUGCUGUCCAUGGACAACAACCGGAGCCUGGACCUGGACAGCAUCAUCGCCGAGGUGAAGGCGCAGUACGAGGAGAUCGCCAACCGCAGCCGGCUGGAGGCUGAGUCCUGGUACCGGUGCAAGUAUGAGGAGCUGCAGGCAACCGCAGGCAAGCAUGGAGACAGCCUCAAGGACACCAAGACCGAGAUCUCAGAGCUCAACCGCAUGAUCCAGAGGAUCCGGGCUGAGAUCGACAGUGUGAAGAAGCAGUGUGAGACCAUUCAGACGUCGAUUGCGGAUGCAGAGCAGCGCGGGGAGGUGGCUCUCAAGGAUGCCAGGGAUAAACUGGCCGAGCUGGAGACAGCCCUGCAGAAAGCCAAGGCUGACAUGGCCCGGCAGCUCCGGGAGUACCAGGAGCUCAUGAACGUCAAACUGGCCCUGGACGUGGAGAUUGCGACCUACAGGAAGCUGCUGGAGGGCGAGGAGUGCAGGAUGUCUGGAGAAUGCCAGAGCUCUGUCAGCAUCUCCGUGGUGGGCGGCAGCAGCUCCGUGGGAGGUGGAUAUGGCAGCGGACUGUGCCUUGGAGGAGGAGGAAUUGGCUUUGGAAGCGGGAAAGGCAGCUGCAACACGGGCGGUGCUGGUUUAUGCUUCAGCCUGGGUGGGGGUGGAUUUGGUUCUGGGGGUGGAUUUUGCUCCCUGGGUGGGGGAUCUAACUCGGUGGUGGUGGGGGGAUCUGGCUCCAUCCUGAAGAACAGUGGCCCCACCAGGAGGGCAUAGGAAAGGGAUCAACCCCCUGACUGCGGCAGCCGGAGGAGAAAGGGAGCGAACUGCACGAUGACCCCCCAGUGACCACCUGGUAAGGACUGAGAUUCCCAACAGCAGCCAAGAACAGCUCAAUCCCUUGUGCUGGACAUCAAGGUGCCCAGCUCUCCUUUGGGAGCGGGACCUGCCCAUUCAUGGGAUCCCCAAACCUGGCUGUGAUGAGCCCAGCACCCUCCAAGCAAGAGGUGCCCGACCACAGGCAGGAGUGGGGAUGGAUCCGAGCGCAGCUCCGAGUGUGCAGGGGAGCCUUGGCUUCUCUCAGGCUCUUGUGCUGGAUCCAGCCGUGGUGCAACUUUAAUCAAUGUCACUCAUCAGCCGCAGCUCGAGCUCCAAAACAGGAAUUUCCUCCUGGUGCCUUGGCUGAAGAUGUUUCUCACCCAACUGACUUUUUAGUUUGCUCCCCCAGAAGUUUCACUCGUGCUGUUGUAAAAUGUUUAUUUUUACUCAGGGUUCACCUUUUCCUUGGGACCAUGGGAACAAUCACGUGUGUUUGCU